AAUAGUCUGUAUUAAUUUUGAGACACUCUGUAUAUUCCGAAAAAACUCUGUACGAGCUAACCAUUGGCUUAUCCGGAAGCCCCUGCAAAAACCCCACAGUUUUCAUCGAACUUUAGCAAGGAGCACGUGUUGCCUUUUCACAGAAGUAUACACAAGUUUAUAUUUCAUAUUUGCCAUCAACUCCCAGCAAGUGUUGGAAAGCAUUCACCGUUCGCUAUGCCCCCAAAACGUAAAGCAGUGCCAGCAAAGCGUAAAGCACCCACAGGGACUCCAGCCCGAGCGCCAGGGAGAAAAGUUCCCCGCCAUUCCAGAACAGGUACAGGCCCCGCUGCGGACCCGCCACAGGCCCCAGUGGAGGUUUUACCACCACCCCAGGCACGGGCUCAGGACCAGUUCCCCCCAGUGGUUCAGCCCGAAGUCAACAACAACUCGGUGGGCCAGAUUCCGAAGUCUUGCACCGGAGGCGGACCAUUGGCCCACACCUCUACCACCUCACAUUUGGAACAUUUGGAGCAGGAAGCAUCAAGACUUCUGUACAGAUCUUUGGCCCCAAAUACCCACCAGUCUUACAACACCGCUUUAGCAAAGUUCCAUCAGUUUAGGGCCCAGUAUGACUUGGCCCAAAUCUGGCCUCUCAUCAAAGACCGACCAAACAGGCAGGAGCUCGGUUGUGCAAAUUCAACAGCUACCUCAAACUCAUUUCUGUCCAUCAUCAACAAUCAUUCCAUCCUUCCAAGCUAG